AAUGGAGCAGGCCUUGCGCUUAUCAGCACUUGCUAUGUCAUCAUGCAAGGGGGUAUUUUUGGGAACAGCAGCUGUGCGAGUGUUCUAACUGGCCCAGCACAAUUACAUGCCUGUGUUGGCACAUCAAAUUCAGGGGGAAGGGAAAGAAAGAGAGAGAAAACAGACACAUGGGCACCGAAGUGAGCAGAAAGGAAAAGAUUUUUAUGACACUACAUUGCAGAUUUCUGAAAGACUUUUUUCUUUUCUGUUUGCUGGAUACCUUGUAAAGGGAAUGAAAAAUAGCUCAGCGAAGGGACACAUGGAGGCAUUAUGAUCUACAGGGAAAUAACUUUUUUCUGAAGCUCCGUUCAUUCUGUAAGGGCUAAAGGUACUAUCCUAAGACAGCAAGUGAGAGAGAAAGAGUGUGGAACUCCAGAGAAAUAGAGAAGAAAACUGUUGUCAACACAUAGGCGUUUGUAUGCCACAUUAAUAUCACAAUAUAACAAUAUUCUUGCCUGCAGUGAUCUAGUUCAAGUGGAUGAACAUACAUUCAGGUUGAUUGAGCAACAUUCAGCUUUAUGAAGAGCAUGGAAUUAAUUGGUGGGGCACCUCGAUUUCUGACAUAUCCUAGAACAUUCACAUUUCCAAGUGGUACAGAUGCAAUUUUAAAAUGUGAAAUUACUGGUGACCCACGCCCUACUGUCAUAUGGGAAAGAGGCAAGGAACCAAUUAUUUCGACCGAUCGUUACCAAGUUUUAGAAGAUGGUAGCAUUUACAGCCUACUAAUAUCUCAUGUAACUGCCGAAGAUAGUGGGCAAUAUACCUGCAAGGCCAAGAACAGCACAGGAGAGUCAUAUGCUUUGGCUACCUUGAAAGUUGAAGAACCUGAGGAAGACAACCACUCUGAAGAUAACAAGCCUACAUUCUUAAUCAAGCCUUUAUCAGUCAAAGUAAACCGAGGUGAUAACGUAACCUUUACCUGCAAACUUUCUGGUAAACCUCGACCUGUCAUAUUUUGGGAAAAAGAUGGGAAAAAGCUACAUGAGAUUUUUGAGAGUACACAUUACUGUGUCGGCUGUGAAGAAGGUAUUUGGCAUUAUCUAAAGAUCUUCAAUGCAAGACUGCCUGAUGGAGGUGUCUAUGUCUGCAGAGCACGCAACAAUUUUGGAGAAACGUUAGCAGCUGCUGUCCUUCUGGUUGAACCUGUUGCCCGCAGCUACAAAGAAGAUCCUGUCAGAAACUGUUUUUCCCCAGUUAGAACAGAUGGCCCCAAUCUUAAUUACAAGCGACAUGAACAAUACAAUGAUAGGAGGCAACGGCCCAGAUACAAGCAUAGUCGAGACGCAGAGUAUGAUCCUAGGACUGUUCAGCAGAAUGGGGAACUUACCCAUGCACCCAAAGCAAAGGUUUUUAGUGUGAGUGAGGGGAAGCAUGCUAAGUUCAGAUGCUAUGUCACUGGGAAGCCAAAGCCAGAAAUUAUUUGGAAAAAGGAUGGUAGACUUGUAACUCCAGGUAGAAGACACCUUAUGUAUGAAGACAGGGAAGGAUACUUUAUCUUAAAAGUGCUGUACUGCAAGCAACAGGAUAGUGGGUUAUAUAUAUGUGCGGCCUCCAACACUGCAGGACAGACCCUUAGUUCUGUCCAACUCAAUGUUAAAGAGCCCCUGCUGAAGUUUCAGUCCCCCCUGCGUGAUGUGGAGGUCAGUGAGAAGGAGAAGGCCGUGCUGGAGUGUGAGGUUCCUUCAGAUUCAAUACCAGCAAUUUGGUACCUAGAAGAUAAGAAACUGCUUCCAAGUACAAAGUACAUCAUGGAGGAACAGGGAGUGCUUCGGCGACUUACCAUCUGUGAUGUCACCACCGACGAUGAUGGUAUCUAUCUCUGUGAAAUGGCAGAUGGAGGAAGGAGCAUCGCAGAGGUCUCUGUCAAAGGUAAAAUCACAAAAAAACUCUGUCGCAAGCUGGAUGUGCUGGAAGGAGAGAACGCAGCAUUUUGUGUGGAGACUGAUGAGGAGACAGAUGAAGUUCACUGGUAUAAAGAUGGGGAAGAGCUGGAGGAGACGCACAAAGCCAUCAUGAAGUCCUUUGGGAAGACCCAUAUCUUAGUUAUGGUCAAUGUAAUCCCUGAGGACAGUGGACUCAUCACAUUCAAGUUUAGUGAUUCGAGCACAUCAUCACAGCUGAGAGUGAAAUCGUUACAUUACAGCCCACCCAGUUCCCCAGUAGGGGUGAAGAUGAAUACACAACGAGGAAAUGCAGCUUUGCUGACUUGGUUUCCAGCAUCUGAUGCCAAACAGAACUCGGCUACCAGCUAUAUCAUUGAACGUCAAGAAAGUGGAAUGGAAGAGUGGGUCCAGUGCCUCACAACAGACUCUGCUUCUACAGUGGAAAUUCUGGGAGAUAGUGUUCCUGCUGAAGGAGAGUACAAAUUCCGAAUCUGUGCACUCAACAAGUAUGGAAAAAGCGGGCAUGUUGAAUUUCCUGGUGCAGUGCAUCUUGUUCCAGUGGCUCGAAUUCUGACUCCGCUAAAGGAUACCCAAGUAACAGAAGGAGAAGAUAUUCAGUUCACCAUUGAGCUAUCGGCAUCUGUGAUGGGUACAUGGUUUUUAAAUGGUGUUCAGCUUCAGGAAGACAAGAAACAUGCCAUCAAACAUUCAAGGACACAUCAUUCCCUGCUCAUUCGAAAUGUUCAGAUUGAGGAACAUAGAGGAGAAAUUAUCUUUGUUGCUUAUGGUGUAAGGGAUUCGGCUGUAUUAAGUGUAAAAGUGCCACCUGUAAAUAUCAGUAAGCUUCCAGCAGAGGACCUCAACAAGAAAGUCAUCCCAUUUGAACCUGUUGUUCUAUAUUGUGAACUCUCUAGGCCAGACGUAUUGGUCCGUUGGUUCAAGGAUGGAAAAGAGGUUCUUCCAGGUGAUGAUAUCUCGAUACAGUCAAGUGGAAAAUUAAGGAGACUCAUUAUCAAUUCAGCUAAACCAUCUGACUCAGGCCAGUAUGCCUGUGAUGCUGUUGAUGACAUCAUGAACUUUAAUGUGAAUGUGACAGAUCCUCCAGUUCAGAUUAUGAAUAAAGGUGAUGAGACUCACUAUGAAUAUAUGUCUUCGGACCGUGUGGUCCUAACUUGCCAACUGUCCAGAGCAAGUGCCAAUAUGAAAUGGUACAAAGAUGAUGUGGAAAUCACGGACUCAGAGAACAUUACCAUAGGAUCUGAUGGAAUCUAUCGAAGACUGAUUAUUCACUCAGCCACAAAAGACGACACAGGAGAAUAUGUCUGUGAUGCUGUGGAUGAUUCCAUGUUCUUUGAUGUCAUAGUCACAGAUCCCACAGUGAAAAUUUUGAAUCCAUUUGAAUCGACUGUUCAGCUGCCUGUUCUGACACAUGAACAAGUUGUACUGGAGUGUGAAGUGUCCUGGCCAAAGGCUGAAGUACGAUGGUAUAAGGAUGGGCUUGAGACAGAUGAGACAGAAAACCUAAAGAUGGAAGCAGAUGGAUGUUACAGGAGGCUAAUAAUUCCUUGUGCUACAACAGAAGAUACUGGAGAGUACAUUUUUGAUACAGGAGAUGACAUGGUGACCUUUAAUGUGAAGGUAUCAGAACCCCCUGUAAAAAUAAUUCGUAAUAAUUCAGUACCAGCUGUGAUGAAAGCAUUUGUGGGUGAUGCUCUUACGCUACAGUGUGAAAUAUCACGACCAAAUGCAGUAGUCAAAUGGUUCAAGGAUGGUCUUGAGAUAACUGACAAUAGGAAUGUACUUGUGGAAGAAGAUGGAGUUAAUCGCAGGCUGAUACUGACAUCUGCCAAACUGGAAGACAAUGGGACGUACAUCUGUGAUGUAACUGAUGAUGUAGCAAAAUUCAUUGUUCAAGUGACAGAGCCACCUGUUAAGGUUCUCAGAAGGCCUGGCCUGAGGACAGAUUACCGCUGCAGUGCAUCAGAUGACAUUGUUCUGGAAUUUGAGCUAUCACGGGAGGAUGGACAGGUGAAGUGGUACAAAGAUGGAGAAAAGAUCGCAGACAAUGAGAGAUUCUGCCUGGAAGAAGAAGGAGCCUUCCGUUCACUUGUAAUACUGAACACAGAAGCAUGUGAUUCAGGAGAGUAUCUCUGUGAUACUGUUGAUGACAGCAUAGUGUUUCAUGUAACUGUUGAAGAACCUCCUGUGUCCAUCGUUGGCAAUACUGGUUCACCAGAACAUCACAGCCUUGUUGCAUCUGAUGACUUGGUCCUGGCGUGUGAAGUAUCCCGCUGCAGUGCCAGAGUUAAGUGGUAUAAAGAUGGCCUAGAACUUGUUCCAAAUGAGCGAAUCACAAUCGAGGCUAAAGGUUUAACGAGGCAGCUUGUAAUCAGUGGAGCCCAACCCUGUGAUUCAGGAACAUACACCUGUGAUGCAGUAGAUGACAAAAUGGUCACUACAGUUACUGUUGAAGAACUUCCUGUGAAGAUUUUAAAUAAAGAGGAUACAAAAAGGACAAUUGAUGUAAUGGAAGGAGAAACCCUCACUCUUUCUAUGCAAAUCUCCAGGGAGAAUGCCUCAGUUCAAUGGCUGAAGAACUGGCGACAGCUAACAUCAGGAGGCAGGAUUUAUUCCAGCAGUGCGGGAAAGAUACGGACACUUAACAUUAAACAGGCAGAGCUGACAGACAGUGGAGUUUUUACAUGUGAUGCAGGGGAUGAUGAGGCACAUUUCACAGUGCUUGUUAAAGAAGUUCCUGUGAAGUUUGUAAAUAAGCAAGACGUUCCAGCAGAGAUCACUGUGAUAGAGAACAGCAAUGCUGUGUUAUCAGCAGUAGUUUCUAAGGACAAGGGAAAUGUUAAAUGGUAUCGUCACCGAAGUCCUAUCCCAGAAAGUGGGGAUAAAUAUGAAGUCCAACAAGAUGGAAGAGUACAUAGUUUGAUGGUGAUGAAUGUUUUGAAGGAAGAUUCUGGAAUGUACACGUGUGUCUCACAUGAUGAUGAAAUGGUCUUUAAUAUUACUGUAAAAGAAACGCCACUGAUGUUUGCACAGGGCCUAUAUGACAUAUGUGGCUAUAAAGAUGAAACUGUAACCUUUCGCUGUGAACUGUGCAAACUGAGAGGAGAUGUGUUGUGGCUGAAAGAUGGAAAGGAGAUCAUGCCAAGUCGAAAGCACAUUAUUAAGGCAGAGGGGAGAGAAAGGUCACUUACAAUUGCAAAGAUCGGAAAAGAUGAUAGUGGAACUUACACAUGUGAAUCAAAAGAUGACAGAACAUCGGGGAACCUUGUUGUGGAAAUUCCUAGGAUUGUUGAAUUCAUUGCAGAGUUGCACAAUGUAACCGUACUAGAAGGAGAACAUGCCACCUUUAAAUGCAUGGUGUCUCUGGAUGAUGUCAACCUGAAAUGGCGGUACAGGGGGAGUGAGAUUGUUGACAGUGACAAGUUUCUCAUUACAAGGACCAGACUGAACCAUGCACUGACGAUCCGAAACUGCCAGCUAUGUGAUAGUGGCAGGGUAACAGCUGAUGCAGAGGGUCUCGUUUCUGAGGCUAAUCUGCAGGUACAAGAAUCACAUGUGCUGUUUGUUAAGAAGCUUGACAAUAUUACCGUGGAAGAAAUGCAAGAUGUGACUCUGGAGAUAGAAAUCAGUAAGGAAACAGGUGAAGUGCAGUGGAUGAAACAAGGAGUCAUCAUUCAGCCUGGUACAAAGUUUCUGUUUCAAGAAAGUGGAAAGAAACGCUCACUGGUGAUUCAAAAUGUAACUUUUGCAGACCGGGGUAACUAUCGCUGUGAGACUUUGCAUGACAAGACCCAGUGUAAACUCACCAUUGAACCAAGGAGAAUAUCAAUACGGAAACCCAUGGUAGACAUUGAAACAUUUGAGAAGGAGGCUGUAACGUUUCAAGUAGAGCUUUCCCAUCCUAAUGUUGAGGGGAUGUGGUUAAAGGAUGGAAUCCGUGUAAAGCCAAACAAUAACUGGCGAAUCAGUGUCAAUGAAUGCAUACACAGCUUAACACUUUCUGCUUUAACACUGGAGGACUCUGGCACCAUUUCUUUUAAUGCAGAUACUGUCCGCUCAUCGGCGAGGCUCACUGUUAAAGAACCACCUAUAACAUUCCUGAAAGAGCUAAACAAUGUUUCUGUCCCCGAGAGCAUUGGAGCAGCAUUUGAAGUCGAAGUCUCCAGACAGAUUGCCGAUGUCAAGUGGUACAAGGAUGGGGAAGAGAUUAAGCCAGGCAAGGUUGGCUAUCGGAUAUACUCCAUGGGCAGGAAGCGAAUCUUACAGAUUACCAAGUGUAAGAUGGCAGAUGCUGGGACUUACAUGUGUGAUGCUAGCGACUGUAAAUCAUCUGCUAAACUACAAGUGUUCGAACGAGAAGUCCGUAUGGUGAAGCACUUGGAAGAUGUGGACAUCUGUGAAAAUGAAAAUGCUGUCUUCAUGUGUGAGGUAUCGCAUGAUACUGUAAAAGCAGAGUGGUAUAAAAAUGGAGAAAGAAUCAAGACAACUAGCACCACCAAAAUUCGUCAAGAAGGGACCAAACACUUUCUUUUGAUCUGUAAUGUGAAGGCAGAAGAUGCAGGAGAAAUCAUGUUCAUUGCUAAGCAAGCUGUAUCAACAGCCAGACUUGAUGUGGAUGAAUUACCUGUCAAGAUUGUGAAACCACUGCGGGACAAGAUUGCUCUGGAAAAGCAUAAAGUGAUCCUAGAAUGUCAAGUGUCAAAACCUAAAGCCAAAGUGCACUGGUUCCGUGGUGACACUGAAUUAUAUCCGUGUGAGAAGUAUGAGAUCUGUAGCGACGAGUGCUAUCGCAAGCUUGUCAUCCACAAUGUUGUGCCCGAAGAUGAAGACACAUAUACGUGUGAUGCCUUUGAUGAUCAGACAUCUGCAAAAGUUCUUGUCGAAGAACAGUCAAUCCAAGUGGUGCGUGAACUGUGCAACACCGAAGUGACCGCACCAGCUGAGGCAAGGUUUGAAUGUGAACUCUCCAUGCCUGUAAUCCGACCACCACAGUGGAGCCUUAAUGGGGAGACACUUCAGAACGGAAAAGGUGUUCGGAUUGAGAACUUUGGCAAAGUGCACAGGUUAAUCCUGAAAAAGACCUCUGAAAGCAUGAGCGGACAGGUGAAAUUUACUGCUGGCAAAGCCAGGUCUAAAGCUCAUCUUAGUGUGCGAGAUCCAUACUGACAAUGGAUUUCUAGGAUCAGAAAACACUAUAUAGAAGAAACCUGCAACAUAGGAACAAUUGUUUAUAUUUCCAUGUAGCAAAGAUGUCUCGUGUUUCAAACCUUUUUUUAUUGAAUUCACUUCAGAUCUGUGUUAUGUAAUCACACACCAUAGCAAUUACAAUCCUAAAUGCCAAACUCAAGAUUUACCUGGUUCUAAACUCUUUAAGUUACUUAGAAAAAGCAAACUGGUGUGAUAAUACAUCACGUAAAAUUAAUUCUGAUGUGUGUUUUGUGUCAGGGAACCUGAACUCUUGUCAAUCUCUGUGCUUCUGUGAAGCAGACUGCUGCAGCCAGCAAACCCACCUUCCUUAUUUAUUAGAAAUGUAUGUAUUUGUAGAGCAAAUCAAGCUCUGGUAAUUUAUGAAUUAAUUUUGCCUCCAGUCCUUUUGUACUAUUUCUCUUGCUCUCUGUGCAAUCAUUACCGUGUGGUGUGUGUGUCUGUGCUCAAGUUCUACUAAUAAACAGUUAUUCAUCA